AUGAAAUCUGCUAAUAAAAGCAUAUCAGAUAUUUAUUUUAUGAAUUAAAGAACACCAUUAAGCGAAAUAAAAAAUUAAUCUUUGUGUUUGGAUUAUUAUGAAGAGCAUUAACAAUAAAUUUAAGUGCUUGAGAAAAAAUUAUUAGAAUAACAAUAAAUUAAUUUAAAAUAAGCUAUAGAAAUAGAAUCAUUAAAAAAUGAUGUUAAAAGUGCAAAAAAAUUAAUUGAUACUGCUUAAAAUUAAUUAGACUCAUUUUAUAAAGAAAUGAAAAACAAAGAAGAAAAAUUAUAUAAUUUUGAAAAAUAAAUAAGAGAAAAAGAAAUGGAGUUGAUAAAUAAAGAAUUAUCAUUAGUAAAUAGAUAAACACAAACAGAAGAAACUUAAAUAUAGUUAAAUUAUGAAUAAAAAGAGUAAGAACCAUCAUUUGAUAUUGAUAUUGCUCAAGUUUUACUUGAAAAAAGAAUUAAUAAAGAAUUUAAAACACUUUAGGAAAAACAACAAGAAUUAUAAAUAAGAGAAAGUGCUAUAAUCUUUAGAGAAAACAAAAUAAAAGAUUUUAUGAGUAAACUAUCUUCUAUGUGA